ACUCUCACUUCGCAUCUGCCCUUCCCCAAUUUUUUCCAUAACAUUCGGUGCCCAGUGUCCAACUGACCCGUCUCUCGAGGUCGCUCUCUCGUUUCUUACAAUUUUUACGAUUAAUCUAGAUUUACUGCUUAGGGCGGAGGCAUAUGUUUUAUUCUUAGGGUUUCUGAUUCCGCGAUAUUCAUGAUUCGGCCUUGUUUCGUCAGUUGAUUUCGGGUGAUUUAGCGAUUUUGUAAGCUAAGGUUAUGGAAUCACUCUCAUAUAUAUGUAUGACAUGUGCUGAAAAGCGAUUUGUUUAAGUUCUUUGUUAGUAGUUGACGUGAUGCAUAUAACAUGAGAUGCUUGAAUGCUAUGGAUGUGGUUAGACAGUAUUUUGUUGAAUUAGGGAAUUCAGCAGGUGCUGUGUUCAAUUCUAUAACCGAUGUAUGGUGGUGGUGUUUGUUGAAAAAUUGUAAUAGUUGUGUGGGAAUUUGGUGUUUAAAUCAUGAAGGAUAAAAAUGUGGACUCACUGAUGUGGCUUUGGGUGUGGUUGUGGUGGACAGGGAGGUGGCAGCAGCUGUGGUGUUGGUGAUAUUUUUCCAGGUAGUUGGUGGUUUACAGAGUGGUGUAGUUUUGAAAAUGAGCUUAGACAACAGGAGCCGGAGCAGAAGUCGAAGCAGGAGCAGGAGCCGGAGCCCAAUGGAUCGUAAGAUGCGUACUGAACGGUAUUCUUACCGUGAUGCACCAUAUAGACGGGACUCACGUCGGGGUUUCAGUCAGAGUACUCUGUGCAAUAACUGCAAAAGGCCCGGUCAUUUUGCCAGAGAAUGCCCUAAUGUGGCAAUCUGUCACAAUUGUGGUCUUCCUGGGCAUAUUGCAUCAGAAUGCACGACGAAAUCUCUUUGCUGGAACUGUCGAGAACCUGGCCAUAUGGCUGGAAAUUGUCCUAAUGAGGGAAUCUGCCAUACUUGUGGUAAGGCAGGACACCGUGCAAGGGAUUGCACUGCUCCACCAUUGCCACCUGGUGAUCUGAGGCUGUGCAAUAACUGCUUUAAGCAAGGCCAUAUGGCGGCUGAUUGUACAAAUGACAAGGCCUGCAAGAAUUGUAGGAAACCAGGUCAUCUCGCCCGUGAUUGUCAGAAUGAUCCUGUCUGCAAUUUGUGCAAUAUAUCUGGCCACGUGGCUAGAGAGUGCACAAAGGGCAAUAUCCUUGAAGAGAGGGGUGGGUUUCGUGGAGGUGGAUACCGAGACAUUGUGUGUCGGAACUGCAACCAGAUAGGGCAUAUGAGUCGUGAUUGUAUUGCAAUGGCUAUAUGUCAUAACUGUGGGGGAAGAGGACACAUGGCAUUCGAGUGUCCUUCUGGGAGGUUCAUGGACCGCUUUCCUAGAAGGUAUUAAAAACGGAUGAGAUAUGUGGCUCAUUCCUUACUUGUUUUGUUAUUUGAAGUGAGAUUGUUGUUUUCAUCUUUUAGAGUGAUUUUAAGGUUUGAACUCGGCAAAUCUUGACUUAGUUCUUGGAAAAUUGUUAUGAUUGUACUAUUUUCAACUAAGCUCGUUCAUUAUGGAAUACUUAACAGCCCGUGUUCGGUGCCAUAAAUGUUGCA